GGCCAGGAGCGGGGGCGGAGCCUCCGGAGCGCGGGGAGCGGAAGGCGCGGAGUAGGGGCACGGGAGCAUCACCGGGCACGGGGUGACCCCCGCAGCCCGGAGUGACCCCCGCAGCCCGGAGUGACCCCCGCAGCCCGGGAACCUCACCGGCCACGGAGUGACCUCCGCACUCUGUGGCUCCUCACUUCGCACAGAGUUACCCUGCAUAGUGGGAGCCUCACAGCGCAUGGAGUGAUCCCGCACACUCCGGGGCUCCUCACUGCGCACCGGGUGACCCAGCACCGCGGGGAGCCUCGAGGCUUACUGGGUGACCCCCGCACCGCCUGCGGGCUGUCAGCAGGCCAUGCAGAUGCCCAUGUCCCCGCAGCCUGGGUGGGUAGGCAGUGCCGUGUGCGUCCCCGCCGCAGGGCCCCGAGGCGCGCACGGGGCUAUUUUUGGGCCGUGCCGUGGCAGCCGAUCGGCAGUGCCAGGGGGCCCCACGUCACAGGCUCGGCCGGGCCCUGCCGCCUCGGCACCGCUCUCAUUCCUGCGGGCACACGGUGAGCAGCAGCACAGCUCGGCUCGGAUCCCCCGACUUACAGACAGGGAGAGGUAAAGCCUUCACCUGGCCAGGACAUACCUGUGCCCAGAACGGGGACUCCCGGCAUGUGGGGCACCUGGCUGCCUUCAGUGCCAGGCUGCCAUCGUGGGGCACAGCCCUGGGCAGGGAAUACCCCAUUCUAGGGAAUGCUUCCGCCGGGGGGACACCCUGUCCUGGAGGAACCCCCACCCCUGUCCUGGGGGAUGCUCUGCUGCAGAGGAUGCUCCUUUGGAGGGGACAGCCCAUUCCAGGGGAUGCUCCUGCUUUGGGGGACACACACCAGGGGGACACUUUGCUGUGGGGACCAUCUGACCCAGUGCUGCAGCCCCCAGCCUGUGAUACCAGGGGAAGGGGUGCGCUGGGGGCAGCCUCGUGCCACGCAGCUCAUAACCUAAAAAUAGUCAGCAGCUCACAGGCCCUGGGACAGGAUUUGUCCUUUCUGUGGCAGCCGCAGUGCUCUCCCAAACCCGUGUCACACGGGGUCCCUGGGCAUAGGGCUUGGUUCUCAACCCCACAGAUGGCAGGUGGCAUUUUCUCCCCACUGGGGAGCUGCUCGGAGCUGGAGAAGGCCAACUGCCACCCGCUGGUGUGCCUGCUCUGCCACGAGCCCUACCAGCACCCCUGCCUGCUCGACUGCUACCACAAUUUCUGUGCCAGCUGCCUGCGAGGCCGUGCCAGCGAUGGUCGCCUACGCUGCCCACUCUGCGGGCACCCCUCGGUGGUGAGGGGAGGCACAGGGCUGCCCCCAGUGGACCGGCUGCUGCAGUUCCUGGUGGACAGCUCAGCCGACAGCGAGGAGGACGUGCAGUGUGCCAACUGUGACCGCUGCUGCACCAAGGCGGAGCUGGAUACCAUGUACUUCUGCAACACCUGUGGGCAGCCCCUCUGUGCCCCAUGCCGUGAGGAGACCCACCGUGCCAGGAUGUUCACCCGCCACGAGAUCGUCUCCCUCUCCAAGCGCACCAAAGACAUCCACAAGAAGUGCCCACUGCACGAGGAGCCCUACAUCAUGUUCUCCACCGAGAAGAAGUCAAUGCUCUGCAUCAACUGCUUCAGGGACAUGCAGGGGGAGAGCCGGGCACACUGCAUCGACAUUGAGACAGCGUACAUGCAGGGCUGCCAGCGGCUGGACCAGGCAGUGAUGGCUGUGAAGGAGCUGCAGACCUCCACGCGUGAGGCCAUUGUCCUGCUCAAGGCCAUGAUCGAGGAGGUUCGUAACAGUGCCAGCGAGGAGGAGGCAGCCAUCAACUCCCUCUUCAGCCGCAUGCAGGAGCAGCUCUCUGAGAGGAAAAAGACGCUCCUGAAAGCUGUGCAGAGCCAGCACGAGGAAAAGGAGAAGGCAUUCAAGGAGCAGCUCGCCCACCUUGCCUCCCUGCUGCCCACUCUGCAGGUCCACCUGGUGACCUGCUCGGCCUUCCUGAGCUCUGCCAACAAAGCCGAGUUCCUGGACCUGGGCUAUCAACUGAUGGAGAGGCUGCAGAGGAUCGUUAAGCUGCCACACCGCCUGCGGCCGGCCCAGACCAGCAAGAUCAACAGCGAGUACAGGGCAGAGUUCGCCCGCUGCCUGGAGCCCCUCCUGAUGCUCAGCCCCCGCCGCUCUGUGGUGGGCAGCGCUGGUGGCAUUGGACCUGGCAUCACUGGCACAAACAUGCUCCCCGGUGGCCAAUGCUCCAAGACUCUCAUGGUGCCCAGCUGCCCCCCCACCAGUGACAAAAUGUCCACCGGCCCCAUGGUGAAGAAGCCAACGAUGCACCGGUACAUCAGCACCAAGGUGCUGCUGGCUGAGGGGCGUGAGACCCCCUUUGCUGAGCACUGCCGCAACUAUGAGAACACCUACCGGAUGCUGCAGACAGAGAUCCAGGGCCUGAAGGACCAGGUGCAGGAGCUGCACCGUGACCUCACCAAGCAUCACUCGCUCAUCAAGUCGGAGAUCAUGAGCGAGAUCCUGCAGAAGUCGCUGCAGAUGGACGUGCAGAUUGCAGCUCACUACUCCGCCGUAGAGAUGAUGCGCAGCGUCUUUGAGGAGGAUUGGGAGGAGACCUACCAGCGGGUAGCAAAUGAGCAGGAGAUCUAUGAAGCCCAGCUCCAUGACUUGCUGCAGCUGCGGCAAGAGAACAGCUGCCUGAGCACCAUCACCAAGCAGAUCGCACCCUACGUCCGCUCCAUCGCCAAAGUGAAGGAGCGGCUGGAGCCCAGGCUGCAGGAGCCCCAGGAGCCCAGAGAAGAACAGGCCCAGAUGCUGCUCAAGAUCUGCGACAACAAUGAAGUGGGGCCAAGGGAUGCCUCGCCUGGCAGCAACAAGGAGGCUUCAGCCAGCCCCAAGGAGGGCUUCAUACCCAGGGACAGCCCUGGAGACCCCUCCCCAAAAAACAAAGACUGCUGCAGGGGCCAGCAGAAGAGCGGAGCAGAGACUGCCACCCCGAAAGAGCCAGCACCAUAGAGCCCAGUGCUGGGCACAUGGCUGGGCUGCUGGGCAGAACCAUGCCCUGGUGACUGACCAGCUCCUCUUGCCCAGUGCCACAAGCCAGGGCAGGAAACAGCCCGGGCAGCCAUGUCUGCAGCACAUACAAAGGCCUCAGGUGGACUUGCUUCUGAAAAACUCUCUUUGUGCUCUUCCUUGCGUGUGUCAGAGUGAAAUAAAAGGGUGCAGUUGUCCA